AUGGUGGAGGACAGCACUUGCGUGCUCGCGCGUGGGGUCAACCUGGCGCAAGCCGUGCUAAACAUGUUGUUUGGGAGCAAGCAGGAAACUCCGCGUUUUCUCACUGCAGCCCAUCGGCGUAUCCAGGCUCGCUUGGAGUCAGGGUGGUCUUCCAUGAUGGUGGAGGCCACCACGGUGGAGGAUGACGAGCUUCGCCAGUUUUUGAAACACCAACAGCACUAUGCUGGUGGCGGGACCGCCAUUCCACUUGGCGACAGAGGCGGAGUGCCAGCCAAUGCCGCCACGGUCGACUUGCGUAAGGAACUCAGGGAUCAAUAUCCUAAGAUGUCGCAUCACGUCAAUGAGCCGACAGCGCUCUUGUUGCCGUCGGGGCGGAGGCCAAAGAGAAUCAAGCGCGGCCACGUGUGGCUACAUGGUUCUUAUCCGGCCUUGGUGGUGCGAAACGUGAAGGCCGGCCUACACAUUUUGAAGAAGCCAUCGCAGGUGGCGAGGCAUCGCGGGCGAUUGUGCUUGGCGGGCGCUUUCGCAGUCCCGAAGGAUGCUGACGAGGACCGGGUGAUCACAGAUCCCUCCGUUAACCAGCUAGUUGACCCAGAUGAGCUCCCUCGACCCAAAUUUGCAUACAUCCCCAAGUUGAGAGUUACCUACGCUCCUCGGGGCGGUGUAUUGGUGGUGAGCAAACGGGAUGCCAGGCACUAUUUUCAUUCCUUGAAGAUCGGCAGGAAAUGGCAUCGGUGGCUAUGCGGGCCACCUAUCUUCAUGUCGGGUGGGAAACUUAGAUUUCCAGCUUGCUGCACAGCUCCUAUGGGGUUUGGGCCCAGUGCAGGAUGGGCUCAGGCACUGACGGAUGUAACCACGUCAGCCGCAGACAUGCCUAGGGAGAGGCGGCUGCAUCCGGAUGAGUGCGCGCCGGGGGACUUUCCGUUAUGGGGUUCCAUUUACGAUGACAUCUGGGCGAUUGACCAUGCCCAGGGGGACGAUCAGCGUGAUCUACAUGGUCCUGGAUGGCUCUCUCGUGCUGAGCAGGCCUGGGUUGAUCGCGGUGUGCAUCCCAACACCAAGAAGAGCAUUGAUGCAGCAGAGGGUGCAGAGGUGCAAGGGUACUUUGUCCAUCCUACAAAGCAUUGGCUCGGGGUAAGCGUGCAGAAGCGCAUGAAACUUUUUCAAGCCACAUUCUAUUUGCUUUCGCUACAGAGGGUGUUGGUCAGUGACAUGGAGCGUUGGGUGGGCAAGUAUGGUUACGUACAUUCGUGCAGACCUCCGAUGCGUUCCAUAUUUGCUGACACGUACAGGUGGCUGGAGCAGAUGAGGGCCAGCAAGGCCCGGUUCGCGAUCCUACCGGAUGCAGUGUGGUUGGAGUGUAUGUAUGCCGCGCUGCUUUUGCCGUAUUGCCAGUUCGAUGUGUCAUCGCCAUACAGCAAUAGAGUGGAGUGCAGCGACUCCAGCAUGACAGGCAUUGGACGGGCGUGGACAUGCGUUCCUUCCGAAGUGGUGCAGUCGAUGGCUCAGCUUUGCGACCAUCCCGGAACGUACACCAAUCUUGCGUUGCCACACGGGAUCGGAUUACAGGAAACGCAGACAUGUCCCUUGGCAAAGCUUGCAUUGCCCAGCGAUGUGUUCUGGCAUAAGGUUGGAGCGCCGUACAGACCGCUUUACAUCUACCUCGGGGAGGCGGAUGCAGCGGUGUGGGUAGCGGAAGACCGCCUGCGUAGGCCUGUAGACGACGGAGGGCGCUUCGCGCAUCCUCUUGACAGCGCUUGUUGUGUUGGAGCUUUUUCCAAGGGAAGGUCGGCCAGCAAGUUGUUGAAUGAGAGGUGCAGAAAGCUAUGUGCGGUUGCAGUGGCGGGGGGUCACGAGGUAUUCUAUCCCUGGAUUGCUUCAGCUGAGAACCCUGCUGAUGAACCCUCACGCCGAUUCGAAGGUGGAAGAGGUGAAGACUACCGCCCUGAGCCGCAGGCGCUUCAACAACUGCACGCUGACCCUUUCACACCGCAGAACUGGUCAGGGAAUGAGCGUUUCUUUUUGCAUCUCUGUUCAGGCGUUCCGCGGAAGGGUGACCUCAUUUCGGCGAUAUGCGCCUUGACAACUGAGCAAGGGCUGAGUGUGCUUGGCUUGCGGGUUGGCCCGGCGGCCUCUUACGAUCAAUGCGAACGGUGUUUGAUUGGCAGCGAUUUAGUCACUGGCAAGCACGUGCAAACAGUUUUGGACUUGAUACACAGUGGUCGGGUCCUUGGGGCUUAUGCAUCUCCGCCGGACCGAACUUUCUCCAAUGUCCUCCGUGUCACAGCGGAUGAAGAGCGAUCUUUCUCUGUGGUACGUAAAAAGAGGGAUGUGUGGAGAUGCUCCCAUGGCUGCUCGAGACGCCGUCAGCGUGAAGUGACCCUUGAGUCAACGCUGGCCCUGUUGUGUAUAGGGUUGAUUGGCGAAGUGCGGCUUUGCGGAGGUUGGGUAGCCUUUAAACAUCGCGCCAGGACAUCAGCUCCUUCAGUAUUCCAGUCAUCAGAAGCACAGAUGCUCAUUGCCAUCGCCCAUCUUGAGUACUAUUCCGCAGAAGACCUGCUACCGGGUCAUAACGGUCAACCCACAGGUUUUCUGUUACCGUCAGGCUCAAAACCGUCUGUUCAGGCCCAAGCCGGAUAUCCAAGGUCCCGUUUGGAGGUGGCUUGUCCAUCAGCAGUGAACGUGAGGUUGGCUCAGCUCUUCGUUGAGAAAGCAAUCCAAGCUCGGGCAAAUGGCUUUCAGCAGCCAUGUAAGCCGUUGUUGGUUGGUCAUGGUGGUGAUGGUGUCGAGCCUUGGUGUGGCGCUUUCUUGCUGAGUGCAUUAAGAGAUGCGACAAAAGCUCGCUAUGAUCAAGCAUGGCAACAUCUGCAUAGGGAGCUGCAACUCAAUGGUAUAGCGUGGGAUGAUGCAUCCGAGGAGGAACAAGACAUCAUUUUGGCUGAGUGGCUUGUGGACGGCUAUGAGCAAGGCCUCGGUAGGGCCGAAUAUGGCUGCCUGCCAUGCGCCCUUCGCCGGAUGAACCCACGGGCGCGGUACACCACGGCAUGGAAGGUGUUUGAUAUUUGGGGCACUCUGCAACCGCCGCAGCAGGCAGCAGCGGCUCCGCCAGAGCUUAUUUCUGCGAUGAUGGUGGUGUUCGUCGCUCUGGGCAAGGUAGAUUUGGGUCUCAUUGUCUGCUUAUGCUUUUCGGGCCUGCUGCGCGUGGGCGAAAGCCUACGGCUACGGUGGAAAGAUGUCUUUUUCUCGUCAGGUGUGCUCACGCUGUGCCUCGCUCAAACCAAGCGGGGGAUGGAACAAAAGGUGGUCAUCACCAAUCCGAUGGUGUUGACCUGGGUUGUCCAAUACUACAAGUUCUCCCAACAGUUGAACUGGGGAGAAAACCUUUUCCAUCGCUCAUACUCGUCCGUCUUGCGCUGGGUCAAGAAAGUGGCCGCCCUCCUAGGUGCUGGCCACGUUCAACUUACCACGCAUUCAUUUCGGAGAUCAGGGGCCAGCGAAUUAGCUAGACGCGGAGUACCGAUCGCUGACAUUAUGAUGUUUGGGCGCUGGCUCUCAGAUCGGUCGGCGCGUGAGUAUAUCCGAAAGGGCGAGGAUGAGCGGGAGGAGAGCUACUGCUCUCAAGGAGCCAAGCGCGCGUUGGCAGAGAUUUGA